AUGUCGUCAGCGUCCCGACGCUCAUAUAACCCGGGCCGCCGUAUGGGCAGCAGUAGGGAUCUUGGUAGGGCUCGCGCAGCUUCAAGAGCCCAACCAAUUGUUGUCGAGCACGACGAAGCCCGUAGUUUCGCCCUUCGGUCGGCUUACCUACAUUACCUUCUACAACCCAAGGCCAAGCGAAAGCAAUAUGUUGCAGCCCCGAAGCAACCAGUCCGAACUCACACCAGCGUUGGAGCCCUGGUGCAGGAAUUUACUUCCGGUUCUUCAUCAAGUUUUAAGCUACCACACAACUUCACCAGUGCUUUGCUCGAACGAUGCGGCGGCGUGCUGAGGGGCAGUGAGCGCCUGCCGGGCUAUAACGAUCCUGUCGUCAAGCGAAGCUUCGCUGAAGCUUAUACGACCUUCUCUGAAAAGAACUUCCGGAAAACCAUUGAUAAAGAGAGGAAACUCGAGCCGCUCAUUCUUAUGUUCUACACUUCUACCACUAAGGCAGCCCAGAAAGGAGCCGCUCCUGACGAUGAUUCUUGGAAGCUCAUUCCUGACCGUCACCUCGCUUUGUUUGUCCGUUUAAUUGCCACAAUCCUGCGAGAUCAAGGCCACGAUCGUGACAAGACUGAGCUCAUGUCCAAGUUGAGUAUACUCGAAAAGAAGCUCCUUACGAACGACCAGAACCUAGUUGGCGGCGGUGCUAGUGGUGCUGGAACAACCAUCGAGGUCGUUGUCCCCUUGAGCUAUGAUGUCAAAGACAUGCCUCUCGUUCAACAAGUAGUCAAGAUAUUUGGUUUGAGUCUUUCAGAAGCACAGGCCGAGAUCAACGAGAACAAAGGGGUGUGGACAGAAGAGGCUGCGCUCAAGGACCUCAAAUCGUAUCAGCACAGGCUCAACUCAGACAUGCCUGGUGCUCUGGGGAGCAAUGAUUUUGAUCUUGACGAUGCCUUCCUCGAGUGGAAAAAAGCCGAAUCGCCUCAUUUAUCACAGAUGAUGCUUGACAUAUUGACUGCCAAACCAGAGCUUGCCAAGACGUCCAGCGGUGGUGUUGACAAAGGUUUCUCCAGCCGGCCCCAGUCAACCUACAGCAAUCCGGGGUUUGAUAGCUCAAUGGGUUUUGAUCCAUCUAUCAACCUUGCAUCACUAGAUAUUGGAGAUUCCGGUAUUCGAGCAGUCGAGGAGAAUAUUUACACCUUUGUUCCUCAAGACCCCAGAGCGUUCUUCAAGUACAUUCUUAAGCAUGCCAUGACCUUUGACCAGAUCAAUAGCGAUCCUGAUCUUGACUACCAGCCCCUAUCGAAACAAUCCAUGGACCUUUUGACUGAGUUGUGUGUGAGAUGGAGGGUGCCACAGUUCUCCAGACUUAUCUCUCUGCUGGAAGUUGCAUCACGCAACUAUUUGGACCGAGAACUACUACCUGAAGAAUUGGAUGCCGUUUUUGAUUUCGUCAAGACGCCACUACCCGAGGUCAAAAAGCCUCCACAUGUUUCAAACUACUGCACUCCCCUAUCUGAGAUCGACCCCAGUCGCUGGACGGUACAUGAUUUUGCUGUAUACCAGCACACUCUGCAGACACUCCAUGAGACUCUGCUUCGUGACCUCUACGACCGGAUGGAGCAGUGCUAUGACACAAAGCCACCUCAAAUAGGCGUUGUCCAAUACAUAUUGGAUAAUCACAUCUUUAGCGACCCUUGCUUUUCACCUAAACCUGAAGCGGCCGAGGAGUUUGCUGAACAUCUGAGCCAGCGCCUCCAUGACCAGGCCCAAAAGACGUACGGUCAAUACAUGGAAAAGGAAAUAUCAGCCGAUCGAAAUGAAUGGGACUUUGCCAACGUGGUUAAGCUGGGCAAAACGGUUAUCAAGCUUUGUGAAAGAAUCAACAAACGAUAUACCAAAAACCCUGAAAUUAUGGGAGUGAAUCCCUUCCAGAUUCUAGUCGAAGAGGUAUUCCCACGAUUUGAAGAGGAUGCGCAUGCUAUCAUCGAGUCCAUUUUGGAGACAGCCCAGGAGACUGGCACCGAACUCGACAUACAAGACGGCUUCGAGCUGUAUAGGGAAUUGGUUGCGAUCCGUCGGAUUCACAACGAUUCCUUACCUGACCGUCCCUUCGCUUUCAAUAUCGAGAACCUUUUGGUCGAUUUUGUGUGGCGAUGGGUACGUGCCGCUGAGAACAGGGUGGAGGACUAUGUCGAGCAAGCCGUCAAACAGGACCAGUUCCAGGUGCGAACAGAAAAUCCCGAGGACAUCCCACGGGACGCAGAGAGACACAGCGUUUCCAUCAUUGACAUGUUUAUGCUUUUCAACCAGACCCUCGACACUAUAUUCAAUCUCAACUGGGGUAACGACGAGCAUCACGCUAGAUUCAUGACGUCUCUUUCGAAGGCGUUUGCCGCGGGCAUUGGCAAGUACUGUGAACUUGUCGAUCAGAAGUUCGGAAAGGAAAUGGAUCGCCCCUCUGCAGAGGAGAUGGCAGCACAGAAUCAAACCACCCAGGAGAAAUGGAUGAGAUAUGCGAAGGAUGCCUGGAACAACAAGGACCGCGUUGAGCCGUUCCAGUUCUAUUCUGAGUCUUUUGUCAAACUCAACAACAUCGAAUAUGCUAUGCAGGAGCUUGACAAGUUGGAGCGGGCUAUGGACCCCGAUGCCUGUGCUUUACUCUUGGAGAAGCUUGACGGGCCAAAGAAGAAAACCCGACGACCCAACAAGUACACAUUCACGAUCAAAGUAGUCGAGGCUGAGGAUCUUAAGGCAUGCGACACCAAUGGCUACAGCGAUCCAUACGUGGUGUUUGGUGAUGAAUAUCAGAAGCGGCUACACAAGACGAGAAUUAUUCAGAGGAGUCUCAAUCCACGUUGGGACGAGACUUUUGACAUAACAGUUCAAGGUCCUGUCAACAUGAUUGCGACUAUCUGGGACUACGACACCUUUGGCGACCACGAUUACGUCGGGCGAACAUCACUCAAGCUUGACCCUGUUCAUUUCAGUGACUACCUGCCCCGCGAAUUUUGGCUGGACUUAGACUCGCAGGGUCGAUUACUCAUUAGAGUUAGCAUGGAGGGUGAGAGAGAUGAUAUACAGUUUCAUUUCGGAAAGGCCUUCCGGCAUCUGAAGCGCACUGAGAGAGACAUGGUCCGGAAGGUUACGGAUAAGCUCACGUCUCAGAUCAACCAUACCCUGUCUUUGGAAACUCUCAGGCACUUGCUGGGUACGGGCGGUAUUGGCGCAUCUGUCACAAGUCUUUGGAAAAAGCGAGCAUCAACGAUGCCUUCCGUGACCCCGGCUCAGGUCGAGGCGGCACUGGCGCCGCUGUUUGCUUAUUUCGAUGAAAACUUUGCCAUUAUGAAACAGACAUUGACCAAGGCCACAAUGGAUGCCGUCAUGGCACGGCUCUGGAAAGAGGUUCUAAUGGUCAUUGAGAACCUCUUGGUGCCACCCUUGUCGGAAAAGCCUUCACAGCAACGGCCCCUUUCACGAAAGGAACUAGACAUUGUCUACCACUGGUUGGACUUGCUGUUUCAAUUCUUCAAUGCCAGAGAUGAGUCAGGAGAGCAGCUCGGUGUUCCAGCCGAAACUCUCAAGUCGCCUAAGUGGCACGAGCUUGCCUCGCUGAACUUCUUCUACUUUGAGGAUACUAACAGUCUAAUCCGUGAGUCGGAAAGAAUGGCGGCUGCAACGACAGAGCGAGCACGUCUAGCUCUCCAACAUCAGAACUCGCAGAGUAACCGUCUGUCAGCUCCGGCAGCACUUGGAGCAUCCCUCGGUGGUGCAGGGUCGUUUGCAAGCAUGGGCACGAUCAGACGCGGAAAGAGUAUCAUGAUGAGCCGUAACCUGGGCACCAUGCGUAAGGCAAAGGAGGCAAAGAGGCGUGAGGCGCAAGCAGAUCCGAGCGAUGAUAUGAUUCUGCGUAUCCUCCGUAUGCGACCAGAGGCGGCGCCUUAUCUCAGGGACCGGCAUCGCCAGAAGGAGAGGCAGGCUGCUACUGCUGCUGCUGCCCUGAUCGUCAAGAAUAGUGUGACCCAGGGCUGGAACUCUUCAGCAGGCCCGGCUUUUGGUGGCAAUUUUGGACGGAACAAUUUGCCAAGACGAUAA